GGGGCCCUGUGGAGUCCCGCCUCGCCGCCCCUCGAGCGCCCCCAGCUUCUCUGCUGGCCGGAACCUGCACCCCGAACCAGGAAGCACCUGGCGGCGGGCGCGGGAUGGCUGGGCCCAGCUGGGGUCUCCCUCGGCUGGACGGUUUCAUCCUUACCGAGCGCCUGGGCAGUGGCACGUACGCCACGGUGUACAAGGCCUACGCCAAGAAGGAUACUCGGGAGGUGGUAGCCAUAAAAUGCGUGACCAAGAAGAGUCUCAACAAGGCGUCAGUGGAAAACCUCCUGACUGAGAUUGAGAUCCUCAAGGGCAUUCGGCACCCCCAUAUCGUGCAGCUGAAAGACUUCCAGUGGGACAAUGACAAUAUCUACCUCAUCAUGGAGUUCUGUGCAGGGGGUGACCUGUCUCGCUUCAUCCAUACCCGCCGGAUCCUGCCUGAGAAGGUGGCCCGUGUUUUCUUGCAGCAGUUGGCUAGUGCUCUGCAGUUCCUGCAUGAACGGAACAUCUCUCACUUGGAUCUGAAACCACAGAACAUCCUGCUGAGCUCUUUGGAGAAGCCCCACCUGAAACUGGCAGACUUUGGCUUUGCCCAGCACAUGUCCCCGUGGGAUGAAAAACACGUGCUCCGCGGUUCCCCGCUCUAUAUGGCUCCUGAAAUGGUGUGCCGGAGGCAGUACGAUGCACGUGUGGACCUCUGGUCUGUGGGGGUGAUCCUGUACGAAGCCCUCUUUGGGCAGCCCCCCUUUGCCUCCAGAUCAUUCUCAGAGCUGGAAGAAAAGAUUCGCAGCAAUCGGGUGAUUGAGCUCCCUCUUCGGCCCCAACUCUCCCUAGACUGCCGGGACCUGUUGCAGCGACUUCUAGAGCGGGACCCCGCCCGUCGAAUCUCCUUCCAGGACUUCUUUGCCCAUCCCUGGGUGGACCUGGAGCACAUGCCCAGUGGGGAGAGCCUGGCACAGGCAAGGGCCCUGGUGGUGGAGGCUGUGAAGAAGGACCAGGAGGGGGAUGCUGCCGCUGCCCUGUCGCUCUACUGCAAGGCUCUGGACUUCUUUGUACCCGCGCUACACUACGAAGUGGAUGCCCAGAGGAAGGAGGCAAUUAAGGCGAAGGUGGGACAGUAUGUGUCCCGGGCAGAGGAGCUCAAAGCCAUUGUCUCCUCCUCCAACCGGGCCCUGCUAAGACAGGGUACAACUGUCCAAGAGCUGCUUCGAGAGAUGGCCCGUGACAAGCCACGCCUCCUGGCCGCCCUGGAAGUGGCCUCGGCUGCCCUGGCCAAGGAGGAAGCUGGCAAAGAGCAGGAUGCCCUGGACCUGUACCAGCACAGCCUUGGGGAGCUGCUAGUGCUGUUGGCAGCAGAGGCCCCAGGCCGAAGGCGGGAGCUCCUUCACACCGAGGUUCAGAACCUCAUGGCUCGAGCUGAAUACCUGAAGGAGCAGAUCAAGAUAAGAGAAUCUCACUGGGAAGCAGAGAGUCUGGACAAAGAGGGGCUAUCGGAGUCUGUUCGUAGUUCUUGCACACUGCAGUGACACGGGAAGGACCAGAGGAUGGAGCACAGCCCUAGAGAGAAGCUGCAUACCAACGCAGGUUGACACCUGCGCACCUGGGACCUUCCUGGACCAGCAGCUCCCACAUCCUAGUUCCCAGCAUUCCUCUCUGAGUGUUCUCCACCCUUGGGGUGUCUGGUGGCAGGUGUACUAAACUCUGGGAGAACUACUUUAAUGUGACCUUGUCAUUAGGUGACUGCUGGUCUAAGCCUGUCGGCUUCAGGACAUCAUCACCCUGUUGUGUUCUGUUCUGCAAAGAGGACUUCAUGCCUCUUCAGGACACUUCAGGUCCUUCCCUGCUACCAGACAGCUGCUGUACCUGGGCCACUCUUCCCUGGGAGCCUUUAUUCCAAUCCUACUUUCUUCUUGCACUGGAAUGGGACACUCCAAUACCCUCAGGGACUACCUACCCGACAGUAUGCACUCGGCUCUCAGACCUCUCCAGUCUUCCUGCAAGCUCACAGCUGCCAUCCUUUUCAGUUCUUUAAGACAAUCCUUCAUGCAUGAAAGUCGUGCCCUUUGUAAAGGUGGAAUACAUGUGAGAACUCCAGACCUUCACUGCCUUAGCAUGGAAGAGGGGUCCUCAUACCCACUUACUUACAGCUCUCUUUGAGGGGAUAUGCCACACUAGUCACAUGGUGGGCCCUGAGCUAGAGCUGGGUCUUGGCUGGGUCUUCCCUUCUGUCCUAUUAAGCUAUGGAUACAUCCACAGCUUAUACCCUGUGUGAGCUGGAGAACUUACGUAUCUGGAGUUACUGGAGGA